AUGAAAGCACUGGACACUGCUGCUCGCCCCCUCAUGUUUCCUUCCCCAGCCCAUGAAUCCUCUCCCGCCUCGCCUCCUUCCUCACCUCCCACCUCGCCUUCUGCCUCUUCCUCCUCCUCCUCCUCACCGCCCUUCUCCCUCCCUGCUAUUAGGGAUCGCCUUAGGCCUUUCUUUCUCUCUCCCUCGAACAGUGAGCACCUGCCUGUCACUCGAGACGACCCUCAUCCCUACCAUCCCUCCCAUCCCCCCAAUCACGCGCUAGCCCUACCCCGCCUACGGAUAACCCCAACUCUCUUCAGCAACACUCUCCUGCUCCUCCUCUCGUUGCUCAUCCUCCUCCCCCUCCUUGCCAUCCCUCUCCUUGCGCCCCCCUCACCGCUCCCCCCACCCACUGCUGCCGCACAGCCUGCUGCGGAGGGGUCUUUGGGGCAGGAGGUGGGGGGAGAGGAGGAUUACGGGGCGAGUGGCGGUGGGGGGAUCGAGGUGACGGACAGUGAUGGCAGUGGUGGUGGAGGGAGGGAUGGCAGUGAGAGAGGAGACGAAGGGGUGAUGGCAGCAGGCGAUGGAUCAGAUUAUGCGAACCAUUACCCGUGCUCUGAACCAAGGAGCCUAGAGGAGGCUCUUACCGACCUGGCCACGUCAGCGGGAAUGCCGCCUCCAGUGACAAGCAAGCAACCAGCGCCUGACGUGGCGCCACAGGGUGUGUCCGCCUGCACUGCUUCCUGGACACUCAGGUGUGUCCGCCUGAACUGCUUCCUGGACACUCAGGUGUGUCCGCCUGCACUGCUUCCUGGACACUCAGGUGUGUCCGCCUGCACUGCUUCCUGGACACUCAGUUCGAGGAAUCUUCCUGUUUUCAAUCCACCCCACCUCACUCCUGCACUCGUAUGCGCACCUGGAAUGGCUUCUCGUCCCUCUUUGUUUCCAUCUCUCUGUUUCCAUCUCUCUGUUUCCAUCUCUCUGUUUCCAUCUCUCUGUUUCCAUCUCUCUGUUUCCAUCUCUCUGUUUCCAUCUCUCUGUUUCCAUCUCUCUGUUUCCAUCUCUCUGUUUCCAUCUCUCUGUUUCCAUCUCUCUGUUCCAUCUCUCUGUUUCCAUCUCUCUCUUUCCAUCUCUCUCUUUCCAUCUCUCUCUUUCCAUCUCUCUCUUUCCAUCUCUCUCUUUCCAUCUCUCUCUUUCCAUCUCUCUCUUUCCAUCUCUCUCUUUCCAUCUCUCUCUUUCCAUCUCUCUCUUCCAUCUCUCUGUUUUUGUGUGCAGGAGGAUGCUCCAAAGAGUGAGAGGGACGACUUCAGUGGCGGGCAGAAGAAAUUCAUGACCCCCUCCUAUCUGCACCUGGUAUUGUUCCUUUCCUGGGCGGGCAAAUCCACUUCCCCACCUGCUCAACGUCUCUUCCGACUUGCUCAUAGCGUGCGAUCGCUGGUCAGCAAGCCCCAAGGCAGCAGCAGAGGUGUCUUUAUAUUCAAACCAAUUAUCUCUACCAUCCUUCCCCCCUAUCCUCCCCUCCACCAGAACCCCCUUCCCCACCUGCUCAACGUCCCAUCCGACUUGCUCAUAGCGUGCGAUCGCUGGUCAGCAGACCCCAAGGCGGCAGCAGCCAAUGGGGGCUUCUACAUGGCUCGCAGCAACGACCGCGUUUUGCGAUUCUUUGACUACUGGUUGGAAUCUCACACUCGAAUGCAUUCAUGCGAGUGCGACCCGAAGCAGACCCUUACACCCGCCACACCCUCCAUCUCUCCAUUCAUUAUACCCUUUCCCCCUACCCCGUUUUCCCCUUCCCCCUUCAACCCCACCACCAGCUUACCCGGCAUUCACGACCAGGAUGCGUUCAUGCGAGUGCGCCCUGAAGCAGACCCAUACACUCGCGUCACCCUCCGCCUCUCCGUCCACUACCUGCCGACAGAGAGCUUUAGCGGUUUCUGCGAGAUCGGGCGGCAGCUGGGGCGGCUUGUCACUGUUCACGCCAAUUGUUGUUUGGGACUGGAGAAGAAGAUGCAAGUGCUGCAGCAGGUGGGUUGA